AUGGCAGCCAAGGUGGACAGCGCAAUGGCGGAGCUUGGCCUUCAGAUGAACCGCGCCGAGUUACUUACACAAGAGCUGAACCGCCGAGAUACUUUUAUCAGCCGCAACACCCUCAGGGGCCCUGAAGCAUAUUCCGCCGCAGCCCCUGAAGCCCACCCCGGCCUGUUUGUUGUCGGUAGUGAUGAUGAGGGGGACAGCAGCGACAGCGACAGCGACAGCGACAGCGACAGCAAUAACGACGAGAUCGUGGAGUCAUUUCGGGGCACGAAAGCUGCUCGAUCUCCCACGAUACUGUUAGUUGCCCAGGUCCAACCAAGCCAGAUCAGACCGAUCACCUUGUCACCGAAGGAUCAAACCACCAUCUUGCCGCCGGAGAUACAGAAGCAGGAUGACAAACCGGGGACCGUCAUCGUUGAUCAAAACACUGAAAUUCCCCCGGACAUCAAGUCGUUCGCUACUAGGAGGGCAACCGACUCUACCAAAGGAAACCCGCCAAGUCAGGGCUGA